AUGAAUCUAAACAUAACAACAAAAUUCAUUAUAACAUUUUUAUUAUACAUUAACUUAUUCAUUUCUUUAUGUUCAACUGAGAAAUAUUUCCAAAGAUCUAAUUCUCCUUUUGAUAUGUUAGAUACUAGUAGUAGUAGCAGUAGUAGUAGUAGUAAGGAAAAAUCACAAAAGUCACAUGAUGACUUUAUGUCAAAUGAUUCACCAGCAUCAAAUGGAUAUAGUCUAUUACGUAAUGAUGUAAUUCGUCAACAUUUACAUGUAUGGCGUGGACAUUCAGCACCAUUGUUACAUGAACAUUUGCCUAUUUUACCACGUGCUCAAAAAGGACAAGUUUGUCAUGUGGAAGUUGAAGAAUUUCAACCGUUAUUAUCAAUGGUUGGACAUUUAGAACCUAAAAAAUUUGACUGUUCUUUUGCUAAUGGAGACGUGAUUUAUCGUCAUGAAGGCAAUCCACUUAUAAAUCAUGAUCAUGUACAAGUGACCAUCUUUUUCUUUCGUAACAAUAAUUCAGUUGUACAAACUGUUGAUAUAAUGAUCGAUAUAGAGGACCCACCAACACAUUUAAUCAAUAAUUAUGAUAUGGACAAUGUUACUAAUCAAGUUAUUCAUAAUAACAAUAAUACUAAUACAAUGAAUGACAAUAAUGAUGACGAUAAAAAGCUUAAAAUGAAACAAGGUUAUUUAAUAGGUCCAAUACCACAAAGUAGAAUUCAAUUAUUGAAAGAGUUAACAGUGAAAAAUCUUCGAGCUACAAGUGAAAGUAUCAGUUCAGAUAUUUUGAAGAUACGUUACAAUUUAGAUAAAGAAGAAUGUCGUUUUGCUUAUGUUAGCCCAGAAUAUUUAAUAAAUAGAGGACAACUGGCAAAAAAUACUUCUGAUUGGUCUAUAUUAGGACGUUUAGGUGGUACACAGACACCAAAACUUGGUAUGCCAUUAACUUCAGGCAGUGCUGUUGGUGGAGUACGUAGAUGGCCAUUAUUUGGACAAAUUGUACAUUUUAAUCGAACCAUGGUUGAUUAUAUUGAUAGAGAUUGUCAAGAAGCACUAUUACAGGGUUACAGGUAUUUACAUCGUAUAGGUAAUAGUUACGCAACCGACUACAUACCAAUACAAAUAACAAUAUGGAGUCGUAUGAGUGAUGGUUCAAGAGGACAACAGAUAAUUGAAAGUAAAUUCCUUAAAGUGACAAUUUCAAAUGCACAAAAUCUGAAAUCACCUGUACUAGGAGCAUUUCGACAAAUAAAUGUUACACACAUAGGUGGUAGUUUAUCAAUUCUUCCACGUGAUAGUAUAAGUAUUCCAAGAGAUUCAAUUCUUAGUUGGGAAUAUUUAGAUAUAAAUAUGACAAGAAUGCAAGGUCCAUUACAAGCUCAAAUAGUGAAUCUACGUGAUCCAACAAGACCAGUUACAAGUUUUCGUUUAGCUGAUCUUCGUCAAGGAUUAAUAGCAUUACAAUUAUUGAAUUAUGCUGAAUCUUUAGUGAAAGUAUUUAUUAUUACAAUGACAGCAAUUGAUCCAUAUUUUCAAGUUAGUCAACCGGUGAAUUUACGCAUUGCAACAUUUUUACAACCUGUAGUGGAAAUAAAUUCUCGUACAUUGGCAUCAAAUGCACCGCCAUCAUUUCAAGUUUUCAGUUUACCAUUAUUUACAUAUACUGGUGCAACAUCAUUGAUACAGAAACAUAAUAUUCAAGUUGUUGGUUAUAUCGAUGAAAGUAUGAUUGUCUAUACAAUCCGAUCAUGGUUAAACGAAGAUAUCAAUUUAAAUAAUAAAUUAUCAAUAAAUAAAUCACAAGGUCAAUUACUAUUAGAUGGUCAAUCAGCAUAUGAUGUCAAUUUUGGUCCACCACAUAUUGCUUCAAUGAGUUUAGCAUAUAUUCAUAAUGGUGAAUAUGAACCAACUAUAGAACGAAUUCCAUUAUCAAUAACAAUUCCUAGUUUAUUAAAUUCACGUUUAAGAUUAAAACGUGAACAAAAUACAACUAUAAAUAGUGAUUAUUUCAAUGAAAAUAAUAAUAAUCUUUAUCAAAAAUAUGGUUCUGGUAAACAACGUAGAAAACAUAAAAGAAUAGCAAAUAGUUUACCUGUUUUACAAUUAGAAUUAUCAAUAAGAAUUGUAAGAUUAUAUAAUCAUAUUAACAAUGGUGCUUUAAAAUCCGGGAAUACAUUUCGUUUACCAACAUUAUCAUCAAUAUGUUUUACAGCUGAAGAUUUUCUUACACCAGAAGCAUUAAAAGCUAUACGUAGUGAUAUAAUUAAUUUAGCAUUUGUUGUUAAAGUAGCACCUAGUCAAGGUGUAUUAAUUCGAUUGCCUAUUGUAAAAAAUUUCACUACUUAUCAUUAUUUUCAUAAAAAUAAUAAAGAUAAUAAUCAACAAUUGAAUAUGGAUUAUUAUACAAAUGAGAAAAUUCAUGUAGAUAAUAAUGAAGUAACAUUUGUUGAACAACAAGAAUUAAUGGAGAAAUCACAAAUUGGUGUAAUUCUAUUAUCUGAUUUAGAAACAGGUGAAGUAUGUUAUUUAAAUCAACGUCAUGAUCGUUCAACUGAUUUAAUGGGUAUUAAACAAAUUGGUCGUGUUGAUUUUCCAACAGUUUAUAUGACAUUUGAAAUACAACCUCCUAUCCCUAUUAUACUUGUUGAAAGAAUGGAUCCAAAUGUUGUACUACGAGUACGUGAAACAGCUUCAUAUGUACCAUUAACAUCAUUACACUUAAAUUAUGGGAUGGAAUGGAAUAUACCAUCUCAUAAUUUUGAACAAUAUAAUCAAUCAAUGUUCAAUAAUCUUGGAUCGGAAAAUAUUGUUUACACUAUAGUUCAAACACCAAGAUUAAGACAAUUAGAAGACAUAAUAAAAAUGGAUAAAAAUGCAUAUAUUGGAACACAUGAUGCUGGUCGUUUAGUUAGUUUAUCAUCGAUUACAUCUAGUACACAUGUUGGUGAUAUGAAAUUACAAGCUGGUUUAGCAAUAAAUCUUCGUGAAGCUCAAGUACCAUGUGUUACACAAUUUACACAAAGACAAAUUGAUGAAAAUGACAUUGUUUAUGUGCCACCAACUCAAGAUAUUGGAUAUACAGAUCAAGACUUAAUAGUACGUUAUAGUGUUUCUGGUCCCAGUGGUUAUGAAUUAAAUAAUCGUGAAAUGCGAAUACAACUUGUAGCUGAAGAUAAUCAAAUACCAGAAGUUAAGAUCAUUUCCCCAUUAAAAUUACAUCGUGAUGGUGAAUUAUUGAUUGAUUCAAAUGUUCUAUCAAUUAUUGAUUUAGAUACACCAGAAGAAAAAUUAUUCAUUCAAUUUGAACGUUUACCAAAAUAUGGUAAAAUUUUAUUAAAUUUAAUUCAAUCUACUCAAUAUAAUCAACGAAGUAAACAUUCAAAUGUGACACAAUAUUCAACAAUUAAUAAAGGUCAAAAUAUAUCAUUUAGUUCAUUUAAAAAGAGAAAAUUAAUUUAUCAACAAUCUGGUGAAAAUGUUAAACAAGAUGAUUUCAUUCUAACAAUAACCGAUGGUAUUCAAACAUCAACGCCAUUAGAAGUACCAAUAGAAAUUAAACCAAGAAUAUUACAAGGCAAUAAAUGGCAUCAAUUGGUCAACAAUACAAUAUUAGUGAAAGAGAAUUCAAGUGUAACACUUACACCAUCAGUUUUCCCAAUGGAUACAACUGAUAUGAAUGCUUCGCCAACUGAUAUUUCAGCUAUUUCCACUGCACCACAAUACUUUGUUAUUGUAUUUCCAACAAAAGGCAAUUUAUUAAUAGAUCACAAAAACAAAGUGUCACAAUUUACAUAUAAAGAUAUUUUAGAAAAUCGUUUAAGUUAUCGUCAUGGUCCAGCUGAAAUAGGUGUUAAAAGUGUUUAUGAUUUUGCAAGAAUAUGGGAUUUCAAUGCUGGUGAAACAUUCAGUUUAAAUUUCACAAUAAUGCCAGUGAACAGUCAACCACCAGUAUUAAGAAGUGAGACCUUAUUACAGGUUAAAGAAGGUGAUAAAGUUGAAAUUACUCCAUAUACAUUAUAUGCUACUGAUCCAGAUACAAAUGAAUAUGAUAUACAAUUACAUAUAAUACAUCCACCAAAAUGGGGUCAUAUUGAACUCAUUAAUAAAAAAUCAAUAUCUAAUCAACAAUAUAAUCAAUCAAAUCAUAUUCAAUUAAUCAAUAAUCAAUAUAAACAAAAUAUAUUAAAUUUUAAUAUGAAAAAUAUACGUGAUGGUUUAAUUUAUUAUAUUAAUUCAAUACAUCAAAAUGGACAAGAAUCUAUUGAAGAUCUAUUUAGUAUUAAAGCAUAUGAUGGUCAUUAUUAUUCUAUUAAUAUUAUUGAAAUUAAAAUAGCUAUACAACCAAUAAAUGAUGAAAUACCAAAUGUACGUUUAUUAAAAUAUUUUUCAUGUAUAUUAAAUACAAGAAAAGUAUUAACUCCAUAUUUAUUUCAUGUGAAUGAUAUGGAUAUACCAAGAGAUAUAUUACAAAUACGUUUUAUUAAAUUACCAAUUUAUGGUUAUUUAUUAAUUUAUUGGCAACAUGGUGAAAAAUAUAUAAUAACACAAUAUAGUAAUCCAAUUACUGAAUCUUAUUUAGGUAUGUUAAAUUUAAUUUAUAUACAAAAUAGUUCAUUAAUUAAUCAAUCAAUAAUUAAUCAAUCAUCUAAUUCAUCAAUGAUAAUUAUGGAUCAAUUUACUGUUGUUGUAACCGAUGGUAAACAUAUUGUUGAAAAAGAAGCUUAUGUAUUAAUUAGACCAAUAAAUCAAUAUCCACCAGAAAUGUAUAUCGAUAAUAAUAAUAAUAAUAAUAAUAAUAAUAAUAAUAAUAAUAAUAAUGGAAUUAUAUUAGAUGGUCAAAAAUGGACAAGAUUAGAUAGUAAACCUAAUGGUCUUAUUAUAAAUGAUAUUGAUACAUCAGAAGAUGAUUUAAUUAUAAUAAUAUUAGAAAAACCAAAAUAUGGUAUUAUUCAACGUUUACCACGUAUGUUAUCAAAAGAUGGUAUAAUAGAUAAUUUAGAUUUAAUUGAAGAAGCAUGGGAUAUUGAAGAAAUGAAAGCUGGUAAUGAUUUACAAUCAUUAGCACAAUUAUCAAUUGCAGGAAGUAUUGGUGGACCGAAAACAAUUAAAAUUUUAGAUCGUGGUGAUCAAUUUACAAAACGUCAAAUGACUACUGGUCGAAUUCAUUACCUUUACACAGGUCCUUAUCAAGAACAAUAUCUUACUGAUUCAUGUGUACUUCGUUUAUCUGAUGGACAAUAUUCAACUGAUCCUAUUACUUUACGUUUCCGUAUACGUCGAGUGGAUGGAACCAAUGGGGGAUUAAGUCAUUCAUCAUUGCCUUACCUUCCUAUUACUAAUCUACAAACUUUACGUCCAUUAGAAUAUCCAGAGAUGAAAAGUACAAUCACUGAAGAGAAUGACAGAGAAGGAAAUCAAAUGCAUCAAAAUGAUGCUUCAGACACUAUAUUAGAUUCGUUUAACACUGUUAUACUAAUGGCUACAAUCAACAGAUUCACAUUUAUCCAAUAUAAAGACAUUCAACCGGACAAAUUGAAUCAUAAUCAAAUCGAAAUAACAUUUCAUUUAAAUGACAAUAGUUCAUUGUUUCCAUGUGGAUUAAUAUCACAUAUAUCAAAUCCAUUAAAAAAUAUUAUAAAAUUCACUAAGAAUGAAGUACAAAAUCAUCAAAUUGUUUUUUAUGCUAUAAAUUGUGAAAAUUAUUUAAAUAAACAAUUUCAAAUCGAUUUUCAAUUAAUCAAUUCAUACGGUGAUUAUUUAAGUCAAAAAUCAAUAAUAAUAUCAAUACAAAAAAAUAAUCAUCAUUUAUUACCUGAAUUAGAACAAUUUUCUGAUUUAUUAAUUUUACCAUAUACAGAUACAUUAAUUAAAACUAAUCAUUUAUCUAUUAAAGAUAAAGAUACUAAUCCUAAUUAUUUAAUUUAUAUUAUAUUAAAAUAUAAUGAACAAUAUAAACAAUAUGGUCGAUUCAUUAAUAAUAAUAAUAAUAAUGAAACAAUUCAAUGUUUUACACAAUCACAAAUUAAUUCAAAUCAAAUAUUAUUUAGUUCAUAUUCAAUGAAAAAUCAAUCAUUUUCAAUUGAUUUAUUGAUAUUUGAUGCUGGUGAUAUUGGACAAAUUAUUGAUUUUAAUCAAUUAUGUAAUAAUAUAUUAUUAGAAUAUCAUUUAAUAAAUAAAACAAAUAAUCAAGAACAUUUUCAUCCAUUUAUUGAAAGAAUGAAUUAUAUUAUAAAACAGAAUAAUACAAAAAUGAUUCAAUCAAAUGAACCGCUUAAAUUUAACAUACGAUAUAAACAAUUGAAACAUUUAAAUAAUAAUAAUAAUCAUUUAUUAAUUAAUAAUGCUCCAAAACCUGAUACCUUAGAAACUAUUCUUCCAGGUUAUGUAGGAUUUUAUUUAAGUAGUGAAAAUAUUUAUACAUUAAAUCCAUGGUUACAAUUUAAAUUAUUGAAUUAUGAAAAAAUGAAUUGUGAAUUAUUUAAUAAAAUUGAAAAUAAAUCAAUUCAUGAUGAUUUUUAUCAAAAUGAUUUAAAUCGACGUAAAUUAGUAGUUAUUUUAUUAAAAGAUAAAAAAAGAUUUAAAAAAUCAAGGAAAAAGUCAUCAUUGUCAUCUUCAUCAUCAUCAUCAUCAUCAUCAUCUUUAUCAAACGAUACAGUGUGUGAGAUUCAAUAUGAAAUUCAAAAUGUAAAUCAAUCAAUUGAACGAAAAAUAUAUAGUCUGGAAUUAAGUUGGAUUACUCUUGGCUUUGAUCAUAAAGUGUAUACAAUCUGUCCAGAAAGAGGUAUUCUAACAUUAACCGUGAUACGAAAAGGUACAAAUCAGGCGUUACAAUCAACUUUAACUGAUGUCUACGUUGGAUUAUCAUCUGAUACAGCGAUUGAAGGAAAAGAUUUCAGUCUACAUUCACAAAAACUAGUCGUUUUUCAUAAAGGUGAAGUAAAAAAAGACGUAUUAAUAAGUUUCCAUCCAACCACAAGAGAUUUCAACCAUCAGAAUUUACGAUUUCAUGUUGAUCUUAAAUCACCAACUGGAGCUAUUCUAGAUCGAAAAUAUAAAGCUGAAGUUGUUGUAUCUAACAACCAUGGAAAGUGUCAAUCAAAAUCCUACUUUACACCGAUAAAACUAGGAGACGAAACAACUAAAACAGUGAAUAAUCCAGUAAAACGAGAUCUUACAAGUAUCAUUCAUUCCAAUCUGGAUAAAACGCCUAAAAAUCCUAUUUACUUAUCUGAUGCACAAAUGAAUAGUGAUAAUCACGACGAAGAUUAUUAUUUGAAAGACUUUAAUUGGCAGUCAAAUCAACAAUACAGAAUGGAAAGUGAUCCAAUCAAAAAUCAUAUUAGUUUAACCGAAUGGCUUGCAACAAAUGAUUUACCAGAUUCUAAAACGUUAAGUGCAUCCUAUGAAAACUAUAUGCACUCAAAUAAACAUAUAAUGCAUUGUUUAAAUGGAUGGAAAUUUUAUCAACAUCGUUGUUAUCGACUAUAUGAAAAUAAGAAAAUAACUUGGGAAGAAGCACGAAAUUAUUGUGAACUGCAAGACGGAUUUCUGACUAGUAUUACAGAUGAGACAAAUUUGAAAUGGUUAGCUCAAAUAUUUCAAAUACGCAAACCAUUUUGGAUAGGUCUUCAUCAAACACAACCACGCGGACCAUGGGUUUGGCAUAAUUUCGAACAUGUUGGUUUUACAAAAUGGGAUAAAGGACACCCUGUCAAUACGAAAUGGCGAUCACCAACUAAUAAACAGAUAAAACGUAAAUACUAUCUGUCACAAAAACAAAAACAUUACAGAGGACCUAAAGCUUGUGUACUUGUAACCCCUCAUUUAUAUUGGCAAAAUCGACUUUGCAACCGAAUAAUUACAAAUGUGAAUUUUAUAUGUAUGAGGAAUCCCGAAAUAUUCUAAGAGAUAAGAAAACAACCAUGAUGCUGAUAGAAUUACUUGAUUAACGAAACGGUCAUUUCUUUCCAUUUGUUUACGCAGACAAACACCCUUUCAGUCUUUUCCUCUUUAUUUCUUCUGAUAUAUAUCUCUCUAUUGGUUAUAAUUAAUUUACAAAUCAAAAUAUGCUUCAACAUCACCAAUAUAAUGAGAUUCACAGGAAGUAUAUCACAGUAUAUAUGUAUAUAAACUUCACUAUUAUUAUUAAUAUUGAUGCUACUUAUUAUUCAAAAAAGAAUUAGUAGCAACUGAUCAUAGUUAGUUUAACUAUUUACAUAAACCUAUAAUCCACUAACAUACCUUUACAAAAAUACAUUCACAGGAAUACUAACGCUAGUACAAAUAAAAGACGCACAAGUUAAAACUGAUAGUCUGACUUGAAAAAAUAUCCGGCUUCCUUUCUACUUCCUUAGGAAUCAUAUGCAUGUUGCACUCUUUUUUCUACUUCGCAGAGAAACAAAACUGUAACUCUCCACAUUUUUACUCACAAAUUGUGAACUUUGUGCUAUAUAUCUAACGUUUCGAUAUAGUUGAUUUAUGUUUACGAUUAGAAAACAUAUGUACGAAUUGAUAGGUAACAGUUUUGUGUUUUGAAAAUCUUUAAGGAUUCAAUCAACUUCUAAGAACACAUCUAAAUGCGGUGAUCUCUAAGCAGCGAGCAGUAAUAAGCUUCUGAUUCUUUACAGUUUGCUCUUUAUUUUUUGUAACCUACAGGUUGGUCAAAUUUAAUGAGUGGAUUUCGAUAUUAUCUUUUUCCGAAUGGCAUUUAAAACUGAGGACCUUAUCCAACUUUAAGAAAGACAUAAUUCAACGUUUGACUUCCGAUCGACCUACAAAAACAUCUAAAGUUUGGCUGAAAUAACCAUUGAAAGAGGACCAGUUGAUAAGUGGAACUUGAAAAACUCGUAAAAUUGAUACUAAUACUACUAUUUCAUUAAAAGCUUCAAUAUCUGAUAUUUGGG